GUUUCGAUUUCGAAUUCCGGUUCCGACGAGACGUCAACGCUAAAUUUAUCCGAUUUUUAGUAUUUUGCUUACUAAUUUCCUUCAAAGAUUAAUAUUGCAGUCAAAUAAUAACUUUACAGUUGUAUAAAAUAGUAACAAGUAAAUACAUCUCAACAUGCCACGCGGUAAAUUCACGAAUCACAAGGGCCGCAACCGCAAAUUCACGAGCCCUGAGGAGUUGGAGGAGCAGCGGAAACAAGAGGAACAAAAGCAGAGGUGGAGGAAAGAACAUGGGAAAGAGAGUUCUAGUGAAGAAGAGUCAGAAGAAGAAAAGUCUGGCUCCGGCAGCGACGACGAUAGUGACUCGGAUGAUGAUAAACCAUCCAAGGCUAAGGGUGUGUCAGGCCUCAUUGAAGUAGAGAACCCCAACCGUGUAGUGAAGAAAAAUAAGAAAUUGACCAACUUGGACAAUUUAGGCGAAGGAGAAAAACCUCAGUUAUCAAGGCGUGAACGAGAGGAGAUAGAGAAACAGCGUGCGGCGGCCGCGUACCAGAAGCUCCACGCGGAGGGCAAGACCGACCAGGCGCGCGCAGACCUCGCGCGGCUCGCCAUCAUCCGCCAGCAGCGGGAGGAGGCCGCCAAGCGCAGGGAGGCCGAGAAGAAAGCCAAGGACGAAACACCUAAGAAAAGGUAGACUACUGAGCAAAGGACGUGCCGUUUUGCUGUUUCGCAUGCUCAUAAUCUCAGGCUAGGUGGCUUUCCGAAUCACUCUCCUAUUGAAUAUUGUGAUCUUUUUAUCCUAUACAAAUUUUGCAUACAGACUUUCAUUAAUGUAUAAAGCAUAAUAUAUUUUUACAUCUUAUGAUUUUGUGAAGCUUUCCUAGCUGUGACAUACCUCUGAUUGUGUGAAAUAUUAUUGUUUCUUUAUUGGACGCACCAGAAGACUGUUGUAGUCAAUCGUUCUGGGUAUAAAAUUCUAGUUCACAAGUAUAAAAUUUGCAAACCGAAAAUCGAGCGUAUAAUUUUAAAAUGGUGGUAACUCACGUGUUCUUGUUGUUUUUAUAUAUUUAGGUAAAUUUAAUGUUAUACUAUACAUAAUAUGAGCAGCAUACAAUGCCCCAUUUUUUAAAUGUCUACGUUUUAGAGAAAUGUACAAACUGUCUAAAUGCACAAUAAGAGUGCUUUUUAUUUACGAGAUUUAUUGACAAACCCUAAUAGAAUCACUUUCAUCAAUCCCAGUGGAUCAUUCGAAAUGUAGACAUUUACAAAGUGUUAGCACAUAAUUAUUUUAACAUAAAUUAGCCAUAAUUACUUAAAGCUAUAAUUCACCAUCAUCGAGUUCGAAAUUUCAAUAAAGUUUUCAUUAAUUACACAGAUUAAAUAACAAUGCCAUGAUUCGUGAUGAUGACAAGUCGUACGUAAAAAUAAAUAAAUGGUGUAAAUUUAAAUAUAUAUAACUUAUGAUGAAAUGUAAUAAGGAAGGGUACGAUGUCUACAUAGUUUAUAUUUUUUAAUUCCACCGGAAUGUCAGUUGCUUUGUGAAAUUUUCAUGUGUACUAAAAACAGCAUGUUUUAAAAUUGUUAAAACGAGUCAGAUAUAUUUACAAGCUAUGUCUUUAACAGAAAAUUUCAUAAAGAAAUGUGCAAUGUAUGAAUUUGCUUAGGACUAAUUGUUAGAUAGUCUCAAUAGACAAUUUUUAUAAAGCAAAUGUGUAUCUAUAUAAUAAAAAUUGAAAAUGAUUCUA